AUACUUCAAAAAUACGGAUGAAAUGCUAGAUUACCUAGAGAGUUUACAAAGUGAUGACGAAGAUAUUGAUAAAGUGUACCUAGAGCCACCGGAUGAAGGUCAGGUAUCCGAUGAAGAUUCAGGUGAAGAAGACUGCGGCGGCACCAUCGAAAAUUUAAGCAAGAAGCAGUUGCAAGCGCCAUGUGAAUUAGUGUGUAAUACCAACGACGACGACAUAUCUGUAGAUGAUGCACUGAAUAACACGGAUGACGAUAUUGCCGAUUUAAUUGAAGAUAUGUUAUGUGAUGAAUCCAAUGCUUACGCAGUUCAAGUAGAAGGUCAAAAUCCCAACAUUACCAUAAACGAGAUGAAGGUGUUUAUUGGUAUAAUGAUUGUCACUGGGUACACAUCUCGACCGAAAAAAAGAGACUACUGGUGCGAAGAUUCAGAUAUGCUGUGCUCCAUGGUUAGCGAAAGCAUGCGACGUAAUAGGUUCGAGAUAAUUUUUCGUUAUAUGCACUUCAAAGAUAACAGCUUGGAAGAUCGGGAGGACAAAAUUUGGAAAAUCCGUCCAAUUACUGAUGCAGUGAAAAAGCAAUGCCUCACACAUUUUCAUCCUGAACAACAUCUAUCUUACGAUGAGUCUAUGGUGGAGUAUUACGGUCGACACGGUUGUAAGCAGUUUAUUAGGGGGAAACCGUUGCGUUUUGGAUACAAAAUGUGGUGCCUCAAUACGCCCCAAGGAUACCUUGUAAAUUUUGAGAUGUACCAAGGCAUUAAUCCACGUAUACCAGAAGAGUAUCCAAAAGUGUACGGAAAGAACCCUGCGCCAUUGUUUUCCAUGCUUGAUGAUCUAGAUGACGAUAAAAGGCAACUAGCAUAUUGCAUAUAUUUUGAUAACUUGUUCACUUCAGUUUCUGUUCUGCUCGGUUUGAAAGAGCGGGGCUACCAUGGCACUGGAACAAUGCGAGAAAUCAUGAUUCCUAGGCCUUGCCCUUUGCCUGAUAAAAAGGCUCUCAAAAAGAAACAACGUGGACACAUAGAGAGCAUAAAACUGGACGGUGCAGAAAUAUUCAUAACCAAAUGGACUGACAACUCUGUUGUUACUGUAGCUUCAACGAUUUACGGAAAAAAUCCUGUGUCCAAG